AUGGGCCACAUCGCGGACUUACAGGCGGCGCAUUCAUCGCACUUGGCGGGGAUGAUUUACGGCCGCGAGAUCACCGAGCAGGCCGGGACGACGGCGCACCGACGGGAGAUGUUCCGAUUGUCGAGCACGGAUUGGCACCGGUUUUUAGGGUUCGAGAGCGCGGAGGACGCACUAGGACGGGUGCUGGGGAAGCGCAAGGCCGGGCCGUGGGAGAGCGAGGCCGACGAGCGGCGACGGCAGCGCCAGUAG